AUGGAAAACGAAAUAAAACACGAAACGCAUUCUCCUUCCGGUUCAAGCGACACCGAGGACGAUUUUGACGGAAACGACUUUGACGGAGACGACUAUGACGGGGACAAUGUCGACAUCAUCCAACUGCACUUCGGAGACGAAUUUGAAGCCGACAUUAUGCUGCUUUUCAACGACGAGCUGAUUUCGAUCACGGUUUUGGCGCCCCUCGAGUCUAAGGAAAGCUCCAUAGAGAAACGCGUUGUUGAUCUGAUUAGCCAAAUUUCCGUUGAUACACACAACACCGUCUCCACCGCAAUUCUCGACAUCAUCCAGCCGGCGGGAGAGGAAGAAUUUCGGCGCGUCGCCCCAAAGGCUCCCGCGCCGUCGCCACAUCAAGGCAACAGCAGACUCCACUCGCUGCUCUACCCCAAGACACAUUAUUUUGCCUUUCGGAGAGAGGCCCCCGAUACACAGCCCAAGAUUGUACCCAUGUCCCUAAGCGAGGUCCAAGACCGCUGGGCGCCUCCUUCCGAAGACUACGUUGAUGGUAGUGUUGAGGAAAUCCAAUCGCUCUUAUCCCGUCUGUAUCAUUUUCCGCGGUACACAACAAACGACAUCAACGUUAUCGAAGAGAUCCUUAGUGGUGGUACCGUAACGCGUGUCCGUGUCGUGCCACGCAACAACGGGGACGACGUCGACAGCCACGACAUCUACACGGCCUCGAACGAUCUUCUUUGUAAAGCGACGGAAUACUCGGCCGGCCUCAUAGCAAGUCCUACGUUGCGGCGCGAGCUUGAGUGCCUCUUGGCGCUGCACGAACACAAAUAUCAGGCAUCAACGUUUUCUGCGCCGGCAGAGUCCAUGCGCGUGUUCACGCCGCGUCUCGUCGGCCUGGUCACACACCCAGAGAACCAGCGCAUCGUCGGCUUUGUCCGCGAGUGGAUAUCAGGCGAGAGGCUAUCCAAUGUGUUAAAGCGCGAGAAGCGCGGGAAGCGUAAGCCACUCGCUGCGCACCACAAGCAGCGAUGGGCCCGGCAGCUCCGCGCAUCCGUGGACGCCCUGCACGCCCUGGGUCUUGUCUGGGGCGACGGGAAAACGGGCAAUCUCAUUGUCGGCGUUGGCGGGGCCGACGACCUGACGGGGGCUGUGCAUGGGGAAGAAGAAGCCCCUGUCGGCGACUUGUGGCUAAUUGACUUUGGGGGCGGAUGGACAAAUGGGUGGGUGGACAGCGACAAGGAGAAUACGAUACAAGGAGACGAACAGGCUGUCCAGAAGAUUUUGGGCGCACUGCGUAUUUGA